GUGAAGCUGGCAGGGCAGCUCGCAGCGGACACUCCCUUUCCGCGGGCCGGGGCGGGUGGGGAGGGCUCCGGGGCUGCUGGAUGCGGAUCCCGUGCCGCGCGGCGCCGUUAUCUCCACCACCGCGGAAAGAGCCUGAGACCGGAGAGAGUCUGUCGGAGCCCAGUCGGUGCCGGUGCUUUUGCCUCGCUGCCGUCGGCAAGAGAAGAGCCCUGCGCUCCCGCGGGCAGGACGAUGCCUCACCAGCUGCUCUCAGGGACCGUGCUUCUGGGAGCUGCCCUUCUGCUCGCAGGAUCUAGUUCAGGAUCAAAAUUAAAAGUUCCUGAGCUGAGUAUAAAUGGCACACAGCACGUUGUUCAAGCAGGCCAGACUUUAAAUCUCACCUGCAGGGGGGAAAUGGUUCAUUCAUGGUCUUUGCCUGAAACUCUCAGUAAGGAUAGCAAAAGGCUGAAAGUAAUUAAAUAUGCCUGUGGAAGGAAUGGGAAGCAGUCCUGCAGCAGUCUGACUUUGAGCAGAACUCAAGCAAGUGACACUGGAAACUAUAGCUGCAAAUAUCCAACGAGCCCAGCAAAAAAGAAGAAGGAAUCUACAGUCUACGUAUUUAUUAAUGAUACAGGCAAUCCAUUUGUAGAGAUGCACAGUGAUAUACCUAAAAUAAUACACAUGACUGUGGGAAGAGAAAUGAUCAUUCCUUGCAGGGUCACGGCACCGAACAUUGCUGUUACUUUAAAAAAGAUUCCACGAGAAACCUUAAUCCCUGAUGGCAAGACAAUAAUCUGGGACAGCAUGAAAGGUUUCAGAAUACCUAAGGCAACCUACAAAUUCAUAGGGCUCCUGAGCUGUGAGGCAACCGUCAGUGGACACAAGUACAGCACAAAAUACCUAACACACCGAGAAACCAACACAAUUUUUGAUGUUCAGUUAAGCACCCCACGUCUUGUCAAGUUGCUGAAAGGAGACAGCCUGGCAAUUAACUGUACUGUCACUGCAGCCUGGAAUACCAGAGUGCAGAUGACGUGGACUUACCCCGGAGAGGGAAGGAGGAGAGGUUCCGUAAUGCAGCGCAUUGACCAGAAGAACACGGAAGCCAAUGUCUUUUACAGCAUCCUUGUUGUCAACAGAGUGCGUGAUAUUGACAAAGGCCAGUAUGCCUGCCACGUGAAGAGUGGGCCAUCCAUCAAAGCUGUUAACACAACAGUCAUUGUUUAUGAUAAAAUGUUCAUUAAUUUGAAACGUCGGAAAAAAACUGUGCUGGAGGCUGUAGCUGGAAGAAAAUCCUAUCGUUUGUCAAUGAAAGUGAAGGCAUUUCCCUCUCCAGAGGUUAUAUGGUUAAAAGAUGGGCUACCUGCUGCAGAGAAGUGUGCCCGGUACAUGGUGAAAGACUAUUCCUUAAUCAUAAAGGAUGUUGCUGAGGAAGAUGCUGGAAACUACACUAUAAUACUGACCAUACGACAGUGGAACUUGUCUAAGAAUCAUACAGUCACUCUUAGAGUAAAUGUGAAACCCCAGAUAUACGAAAAUGCUGUGUCAUCAUUCCCUGAACCCAAUAUGUAUUUACUGAGCAGCAAGCAAGUGCUGACGUGCACCGUGUACGGUAUUCCUCAGCCUAAAAUUACAUGGAUGUGGUAUCCCUGUAGACAAAACCAUUCUAAAACAAGGCAUGGAUUUUGCUCUUAUACUGAAGGCUCUUUCAUCCUGAAAGCUGGCAGCAACACGGGAAACAGGAUCCAGAGCAUCACUGAGAGAACAGCUGUAAUAGAGGGCAAAAAUAAGACUGCUAGCACUCUUGUUGUAGCUGAAGCCAAAUCUUCUGGAAUCUACAGCUGUGUGGCAUCCAAUAAAGUGGGAAAAGCUGAAAGGAAUGUCAGCUUUAUUGUAACAGACGUACCAAGCGGGUUCCAUAUCAGUUUGGAAAAGAUGCCCACUGAAGGAGAGAAUUUGAUAUUGUCCUGUUCGGCCAACAAGUUCCUCUACAAAGACAUUGCUUGGAUUUUACCGAGAACAGGCAACAAUCAAACAAAAGUAAGAAGAUCUCUCAACAAGGAGUACUCCAUCACCCUCACCCUGACCAUCAAGAACGUUUCCCUGGCACACUCGGGCACCUAUGCCUGCCGAGCACGGAACAUAUACACGGGGAAAGAAGUGCUUCAAAAGAAAGACAUUACAAUCAGAGCUCAAGAGGCACCAGCCCUGCUGCGGCACCUUACGGAUCAGACAGUGAACACCAGUAAUUCUGCCAUACUGGAAUGCCAGGUCCGUGGUGUCCCUGAGCCCCAGAUAUCCUGGUUUAAAAACCACGAGGAAAUACAGCAACAAUCAGGAAUAAUUUUGGGGCCUGGAAGCCAAAUGCUGUUUAUUGAAAGAGUAAAAGAGGAGGAUGAAGGACUUUACCAGUGUAUAGCCACCAACUUGAAAGGGUCCGUGGAGAGUGCAGCAUAUGUCACAGUACAAGGCACAUCGGAGAGGUCAAACCUGGAGCUAAUAACCCUGACCUGUACCUGCGUGGCUGCAACACUCUUUUGGAUCCUGUUGACUCUCUUCAUUCGCAAGCUGAAGAGGCCUUAUUCCUCUGAAAUGAAAACCAAUCAUUAUCUGUCCAUCAUAAUGGAUCCUGAUGAAGUUCCCUUAGAUGAACAAUGUGAACGCCUGCCUUACGAUGCCAGCAAGUGGGAAAUUGCAAGGGAGAGGCUUAAACUAGGAAAGUCUCUUGGACAUGGAGCUUUUGGAAAGGUGGUACAAGCAUCUGCUUUUGGAAUUAAGAAAUCACCAACGUGCAGAAUAGUUGCUGUGAAAAUGCUGAAAGAAGGGGCCACAGCAAGUGAGUACAAAGCACUGAUGACUGAGCUGAAAAUCCUGAUCCACAUUGGGCAUCAUCUCAACAUUGUGAAUUUGCUGGGAGCUUGCACAAAAAAUGGAGGGCCCCUCAUGGUGAUUGUUGAAUACUGCAAAUAUGGGAAUUUAUCAAACUACCUGAAGAGCAAGAGGCAUUUUUUCUGCCCUAACAAGGACUCCUCUCUGCAAGGAGACACAGUGAAAGAGAAAAAGGAUAUUGAGUUGGUGGAAGGCAAAAAACAAAGGCUGGCCAGUGUCACCAGCAGUGAGAGCUUCGCCAGCUCUGGGUUCCAGGAAGAUAAAAGUCUGAGUGAUGUGGAGGAGGAUGAAGAGGAUGCUGAUGAACUCUACAAGUUUCCCCUCACUAUGGAGGACUUGAUCUCCUACAGCUUUCAAGUGGCCAGAGGCAUGGAAUUCCUCUCUUCCAGAAAGUGCAUUCAUCGUGACCUGGCAGCCAGAAAUGUCCUUUUAUCUGAGAACAAUGUUGUGAAGAUCUGUGAUUUUGGCCUCGCAAGAGAUAUUUAUAAGAAUCCUGACUAUGUGAGAAAAGGAGAUGCUCGACUUCCUCUCAAGUGGAUGGCUCCAGAAUCCAUAUUUGAUAAAAUCUACAAUACAAAAAGUGACGUGUGGUCCUAUGGGGUCUUGCUGUGGGAGAUAUUUUCCUUGGGUGCCUCUCCUUACCCCGGUGUCCAAAUAGAUGAAGACUUCUGCAGCAGACUAAAGGAAGGCACAAGAAUGCGAGCCCCAGAGCAAGCAACUGAGGAGAUCUACCAAAUCAUGCUGGACUGCUGGCGAAGCAACCCCAAUGACAGACCAAGGUUCUCUGAGCUCGUGAAAAAGCUGGGUGACCUGCUGCAAGCAAAUGUCCAGCAGGAAGGCAAAGACUACAUACCUCUCAAUGCAGUAUUUGCGACAGAAGAUGGGUUUCCACCUGCACCUGAUCCUUUGUGCAAUGAAAAAUUUUCUGUUCCAAGUUCAAAUUGUGGAAGCACUGAGAACAUCAGAUACAUAAACACAUUCCAGAUAAAACCUCCCCAGCGCAUAAAGGCAUUUGAAGAGCUUCCCAUCAAGGAAACACUUGUAUUUAAUGAUUACCAAGCAGACAGUGGGACGGUGCUGGCUCCAAAAGAACUGAAACGGUUCACAUGGACAGGCAGCAAGCAGAAAUGGACACUCUUCGGUGUAAAAGGUGCCAGCAGGAGCAAGGAGUCUGUGCUCUCUGGAAGAAGCAAGCCAAGAAGCUUCUGCAGUUUCAGCUGUGACCAACUCAGUGGCUCUGAGCAAAAGUAUACACGUGGUAACAUGGUGCUGGAGAAAAUCAAAGCAAGCCAUUCUCACCCUCCUGACCACAGCUCCGUCAACUUUUAUUCUCAACCACCCGUUUAAGUACUUCUAGGCCAAGAUUUAAAUAUCCAUUUAAUCCUAAAAAGUUCUUCUCAGACACUAUCAGUUUAAACUUUGACCCAAAUAAUUUUAUCCUAAAAUUUAAAAAGGUGUCAUUGACUUAAUCUUAGUGAUCUGCUUUUCUAUAGACUGCAACAAGCAUAUUAAAACACAGCAAAAUACUAAUGCUUACAGAAUUACACAACAGCAGGGAUUGGAAAGAACCUCUGGGGAUCAUCUAGUCCAUCCUGCUCCAUCCCCGUCUGUUUCCUAACCAGUUCCAUCCUUCUCUCCUGCCAAAGCAGGUUGCAAAGGAACAGAUCCAGGCAGAUUUUUAUUAUCUCCAGAGAAUGAAACUCCACAGCUUCUCUGGGCAGACUGUCUCAGUGCUCUGUCAACCUCUAGGUUUUUCCUUAUAUUUGCAUGGAACUUAUUGUAUUCUGCUUUGUGCCUGUUUCCCAUUGUCCUGUCAGUGGCCACCACUGAAAUAGACUGACCCCAGGCUUUAGAUAUUUAGAAGCACCAGUGAGAUCUCCCCUUCUAAGAGAAACACUCCAGUCCCCUACUUGUCUUCCAUUACACUCUUGCCAGUAGGUUUUUGUCUUUCUUGGACUGGGGAGCCUAGAACCAGGCACAAACCUCCAGAUGUGGUCUCACUUGGGCAGAGUAGACAGAGAGGAGAACAUCUCUCGAUCUGCUGGCCACACAAUUCACCCCUGGACUUCAUUUGCCUUCUUGGCCACAUUGGUGGCUCAUACUGACCUUUGGCUUAGGCUUUGACUUUCCCAAUGCUGAACACUGACAGCUGCCACAGGAAUUGCCCAGUGCUUCUGGAAGCCUGGUCAUUGUUACAGAAAAGCAGUGCCCUGUUUGGUCCCUGGCAGCAGAAUGGUAUUUCACACUCUAGUCAUGGGCCUUUGCUGUGACUGGGGGGUUCUGCAUUGGUGUCCCAGUUGGACACCAGUCAGGGAGCCCUUCAGAACCCUUGCCUCAUACACAGGGGGAUUUGUGCCCUAUUGCUGGGGUCUACAUAGCACUGGAAGGCAUUUUUGGAUAGUAAACGCGUUAAGGAGUCUCACAAGGCAAGACUUCCAAAUCUGUGUUGCAAAAGGAUUGGCAAGGAUAGAGGAGAAACGAGAUCAGAGGAACUAAGAUCAGGGAAUACGAAUCAAUUUGGUUUGGACAAGCCUGCUGAAAUCAAGUAAAUAUUCUUGAAGUUUUGCACUUUGUUAGUAUGCCAACAGAUACACUGGAACCAAACCACAAGCUAGAUACGUUAAAGCCAAGCUCUGUCCAUGAAACCUCAUGAACUUUCUAACUCUGCACUGAUUAUAUUUCACAUAUGAGAAUCUGUCUGAAAAGACAGGAGGGCUACUAAACUGCACAUACUUUGAGUUAUCACUAGAGAGUUUGAAAAGAUUAGAAGUGACAAGGCAAUCUCCUUGGAAAGUUAGGACAGCUUUGCUGUGAAAACAGUUCAAUUUCCACGUUGGUUACCAGCUUAUAUGUACAGGAAUAAAACCAUACCAUUCUCUUGCAGCAGACUUUAGUAUAGCACCUCAGCAAGGACAUGAGUGUUCUUUGUUCAAGAAGUGUAAAGCUGCACUAUCCCCUUUGAAUGCAGUACUAGAAUGAGAGUUGGCCAUUGAACAGGGUAGCACUGAUGUCUUCCAGUUCAACAUCUGCUGCCCAAGCUCAGCCUCUCAUGAUCCACUAUAAACAUGUAUUAACUCAAAUGCUGUAAGAUGGUUCUGACUUAUAACUCAGCUUAGGGGCUGUGAAUGUAACCCACUAACAGAUUUAAAGGUAAAUGACCAUUUGCAUAUUUACAAAGGAAAAAAAUGACCUUGGAAAUUCAGGAAAAAUGUACCACUACUUCUAACUACGAAUUCCAGACCUUCCUGGCCAAGAGAGCAUCAGUUUAAGGUAUCUGUUGCACUGUUUCUUUCUGGUAGAGUAGAUUUGAUCUGGUUCAAAAGAAAAGGAAAUUUUACAAACUGCUUCUUAACUCCAGAUGAGCAAAAAAGUAGUCACAGGAUGAUGCAUCUCAAAGAAAAUGUUUGCACAGUGUAAAUAUAUAAAUAUGCUUUUUGUGCAUAAAUAUUUAAGAAAAACAGAUUACAAAGACUACUUUUAUAUGAACCCAUGUAAGUUUCUUCAGAUGUGAAUAACUCUCAUAUUGUCCUGCAUUUUCUGUCUUCAUAUAUUGUAUUUGGCUGCUGAAUUUAUAUAAUAAAGUUUGCUUUUGA